GGCGCGGGGGCGUUGGGCGCGGCCGGGGCUGGGAGCGUGGAGGACCCCAGGACCCGACCGGGCCGAGGCCUCCAGCCUUGCUCUCCACUGCAGCCAGGGAACAUCGUAAGACGCAAGUGACGUGCCAUCACUCGUCCGCUUAGCAGGGCUGCCAUGGGCUCGGCGGGCAGCCAGCAGCUCCAGGAGCCCAGCGCCGCGAGCACGCCGCACAGGAGCGUGGUGCGGAGCUCCAGCUGCAGCAGCGGCCAGCUGGAGGAGGCGGUGGCCGGGGUAGCCCGGGCCCAGGGCAGUAGGGCCAGGGGCAUCGCGAUUUUCACGGACUCUGAGGAGCCGGUGCCGGACGACCGCUACCACGCCAUCUACUUUGCGAUGCUCCUGGCCGGCGUGGGCUUCCUGCUGCCCUACAAUAGCUUCAUCACCGACGUGGAUUACCUGCACCACAAGUACCCAGGGACCUCGAUUGUGUUUGACAUGAGCCUCACCUACAUCCUGGUGGCGCUGGUGGCUGUGCUCCUGAACAACGCGCUGGUGGAGAGACUGAGCCUGCACGCGAGGAUCACCGCGGGCUACCUCUUAGCCUUGGGCCCCCUCCUCUUCAUCAGCAUCUGUGACGUGUGGCUGCAGCUCUUCUCUCGUGACCAGGCUUAUGCCAUCAACCUGGCUGCGGUGGGCACCGUGGCCUUCGGCUGCACAGUGCAGCAAUCCAGCUUCUACGGGUACACGGGGAUGCUGCCCAAGAGGUACACGCAAGGGGUGAUGACGGGGGAGAGCACGGCGGGCGUGAUGGUCUCCCUGAGCCGCAUCCUCACGAAGCUGCUGCUGCCCGACGAGCGGGCCGGCACACUCAUCUUCUUCCUGGUCUCCGCGGGCCUGGAGCUGCUCUGCUUCCUGCUGCACCUGCUGGUGCGGGGCAGCCGCUUCGUGCUCUACCACACGGCGCGGCCCCGCCCCGGCCGCAGGGCCGGCUACCGCGUGCACCACGACGUGGCCGCCGAGGACGUGCACUUUGAGCACCAGAGCCCAGGCCUGGCCAACGGCGGGUCCCCGAAGGACAGCCCAGCCCACGAGGUGACCGGCGGCGGGGGAGCCUACACGCGCUUUGAUGUGCCUCGGCCGAGAAUCAGGCGCAGCUGGCCCUCCUUCCGAGCCCUGCUGCUGCACCGCUACGUGGUGGCCCGCGUCAUCUGGGCGGACAUGCUCUCCAUUGCCGUGACCUACUUUAUCACCCUGUGCCUGUUUCCGGGUCUCGAGUCCGAGAUCCGCCACUGCAUCCUGGGCGAGUGGCUGCCUAUUCUCAUCAUGGCCGUGUUCAACCUCUCUGAUUUCGUGGGCAAGAUCCUGGCGGCGCUGCCCGUGGACUGGCGGGGCCCCCACCUGCUGGCCUGCUCCUGCCUGCGUGCGGUCUUCAUUCCCCUCUUCAUCCUGUGCGUCUCCCCCAGCGGCACGCCUGCCCUCCGCCACCCGGCCUGGCCCUGCGUCCUCUCCCUCCUCAUGGGCAUCAGCAACGGCUACUUCGGCAGCGUACCCAUGAUCCUGGCGGCGGGCAAAGUGAGCCCCAAGCAGCGGGAGCUAGCAGGGAACACCAUGACCGUGUCCUACAUGACGGGGCUGACGCUGGGCUCGGCCGUGGCCUACUGUACCUACAGCCUCACGCGGGACGCCCACGGCAGCUGCCCCGACCGCGCCGCCGCCAACGCCUCCUUCCCCGCCGGCCUCUGAGCCAGGCCUGGGCCCCCAGCCCCGCCCACGGAGGGCUGCCGGGUCCCCUCCCCACCCUCGCCUGCAGUGCCUGCGGGGCCCCGGCCUCCUCCCUGUGCCAGGACCGCCACCCGCUCUGGGCCCACCUGCCCUCACUCCGGCCCCAAGGUUCUGCCGGGUUCUCGGAGGCCCGGACGCGUGGCUGCCCCAGGGCCCCGCCAGCGCUGUGCUCCGCGCCCCGUCUCACGCCGCCCUUUGCCGCUGCGUGUGUCUGGUGGUCCCAGCGCCGGCCAGGACACUGACACACCACCGGCUGGUGUCCCCUUCUGGUGACCCGCACCUGGCUCUGCUUUGAGGGCCCCAUGGCUCCAGCCAUACCGUCCUCAGCACCUCCUUCACUGGGGACCCCUCGCCCCCAGGCCUCCCCCAUCCCCGUUCUUAAACGCUGGGUCUCCCCAGCGAAAUGCGUUUGCUGUGAAGGAGCUGUAAGCUCUGGGUCUGAAUGGUUUCAGACCACGGUCUGCGCUGGC